AAAUGUUCAUUCUGUUAAGAAAACUCAAAACCAACUUACAAUCCGAAAAUUUCUAAUAUAAAUACAAACCAGAAAAUUGUAGCCAACAGAUUAAUUAAGAGCGAAAAAUUCCACUUCGUGUUUAUUAAAAAUUAAUACCAAAAGAGAUAGAAGGAUAAAAAUCAUGAUGAAUCAAAGAGAUGGAUACACUGGUUUUCGGCCCAGAAGAUAUAAUCUCCGCAGCACCUCUCAAAGUCUUCCAACCAGUUUUCAGCCAAAUACAGAAAGGAAGGAAGACGAUGCAGCUCUAGUUUUACUUGUAUAUCUUCCUGGUUUCUUGAAAGAGCAAGUAAGUGUUGCGGCAGACGAACUGCAAGGUAAUAUCAGAGUUUAUGGAGAGCGUAUACUAGCAAAUAACAUGCGCAGUCGCUUUAAUACAGCUCACACCGUUCCCAAAAAUUGUGACCUGAGCCAAAUGAAAUUGGAGUUUGCUGGUGGGAUCCUAACCAUCAGGAUUCCGAAAAACAUUCCUGCUGUAAAAAGUACUGAUACUGGAAAAUUGGAGGCCACAGCUAGCCAAGAGGAUCCUGGGCUUCAAGACUCCACAGGAAAACCAAAGCCUGAGAAGAAUGGAGAAGAGACUCCUUCAGGGAGAACCUCAACCACCUUUGCCAAAGAAACAGAAGGGAAAGAUGUUAAAGCUCUAAGCCCCCAAAAGGCAGCCAGCGAAGAGGUAUCUCAAAAGGGUCAAUAUGAAGCUCCUCAAAAAGCUGAUUUAUUGGUUAAUACCACAAAAAAAAUAGAGGAGAAGAGUGCAGGGGUAGAUGGUGAAAAGGCUCAUCAAAUUGUCACCGAAAAGAAAGAAAAGAAUGAAGCAAACGGGAAGCUUGUUGAAGAGGAAAAGCCCGAUAAAGUUGCUGAAAAGCCUUCGAAAGAAGAGGAGAAAAGUGAGGAACCAAAGAUAGCUGAGAAAGUUGUUGAAAAGCCAUUGGUAAAGGAAGAGGAAAAGGAUGGGAAAAGUGAGGAGCCAAAGACAGCUGAGAGUGUUUUCCUGAAGGAGGAGGAGGAGGAGGAGAAGAAUGAGACAGCUGCUGGUGAUGAUAAAGAGAAGUCUAACAAGGAUAUUUCUAAGGAUGCAGAGAAUGCAAGAGCUUCUGCUAACAAGGACGAGGACAUGAAGAAUGAUGAGAAUCAACUGAUAGUGAAUAUUUUUGUGGCAGUUUCAAUAAUUAUGGCAGUUGGAGCACAUUUCUAUAGCAUUUUUAGCUCAUCUGGCAAGAUCUAAAGCUAUGUUCCAAGAACAAGACUGUGGCAUGAAAAUAUGGCAGUAUCAAUAAAUACUGUAUCUGAAAGCAUCUCUAGAACAGUUGAAAUGCAAAUAUUGAGAUCGCAUGUUUAUUA